AUGGAUUAAAUUAAUGAUACUAUCAAAUGUCCAAAUUCAGAACAUGACGACGAUGUAAAAUUAGUAUGCUUUAAUGAAUUUUGUAAAGCAGAUAGACUAUAUUGCAUGCAAUGCAUGAGAAAUGGAGUCCAUGUUUCUCAUUCUUAAUAUUAACAAGAGUUAUCUAUUUUAUUUGAACAUAUUGAAAGUGUUGAAAAAGAAUGUGAGGAUUUAAUUAUCAAAUUAAAUCAAUAAAUGGAUUUAGCUUACCAAUACUUCUAUUUUGUAAUUGGAGGAAUCAGAUCGAAAUAUCAGAAAUCUAAACAAUAAUUUCUUAAUUUAGAUUCCAAAUAAAAGAAUUCUUUCUUUUCAGAGAGUAUCAAAUUCAAAUAAUACGAAUAAAAAGUCUAAAUACUAAUCGAAAAAUCCAUAACAGAUUUCCGAGAUUAGAUGGAAAAAUUAUUAAGUGAUUUAAAAUUAUCUGAAUUAAAUUAUUAUCAAAUAUCUAAUCUAGAUAUUUAAAAAUCAGAAGAAUUAUAUAAAAAAGGUAACUUAUCAAUAAAAAUUAGGCUAUAAACUAUAUUGGGAUGAUGAUAAAUAUGAAGAGGCAAUAAAAGUAAUUGAUUAAGCAUUAAUUUUGAAUUCAAAACAUAAAUUAUCAUUAUGGUGUAAAGGUAUGACUUUUAUAGAAAUUUAUAGCUAAAAUUUUAAAAUAGCUUGGUUAAUACAAUUAAGCAAUCAUUUGGGCAGAUAAGGCAUUGCAGAUAGAUCCAAAGCAUCAAAAUUCAUUGUAUUUAAAAGGUAUAGUAAUCAUUUAAUUUUUUAGCUGAUAGUUUAAGAAUGCUUGAUAAUUAUAUUGAUGCAAUUAUUUGGGUUGAUAAAGCUUUGUUUAUUGAUUCUAAACAUGUCAGUUCAUUUUAUACAAAAGGUUAAUAAUGAGUGUUAAAUAUAGGUGAAUCGUUAAGAAUGCUGAGUAUAUAUGACUAAGCAAUCAAGUAUUUGGACCAAGCAUUGUAUUAUAAUCCAAAUCAUCAUUAAUCCUUAGGGAGCAAAGGUUAAUUAUUUCUCAAUUAAUGUAGGAGCCUGUUUACAAUCAUUAUAAUAAUAUUAAGAAGCUAUUUAUAAUUACAAUAAGGCUAUUGAGAUAGACCCAAAUUAUACCUGGGCUAAAGAUCGGAAAAGUAUAUAUAAAUUUAUUUAUUUAUAGUUGAAUGUGAGUCUAGUGACUGUUGA